UACAUCAUGUCGUUCACUCCUUCAUUUCGAGCCCCCCCGACUCGGCCGACAUCACUGGCAGCAACACGAGCCAAUUCCACGGGAUAUUUCUCGCCUCAUGCUCGAAAUGGACGUCCGACUCCCCCUGGCACCCCUCGUGCUUCCUCUCUACCCGGUGCCACAACAACUGCACCUGCUCUCGAGACAAUCACCUCUACCGCUGAGCAAGAAACUCCGUAUACGAGCUCUGUCAAUUCAGAAGUCUUGCAUAAUGAGAAGGGCGAGCCCAUUAUCGGACGUCUAGUGGGCGGCAAACACCAUGAUGCGAACACUGAAGAGAUUGAUUCAGACUGCGGUCCUAUCACGUCACUCGAUAUUGACAUGCCAUUGACCUUGACGGAAAUGGUACACCACGAGGGCAAGGACUACAUCGUUCUUUCUUUCGCAACAGGCGAUAGAGAGAACCCGUUCAAUUGGAACCCGUGGUACAAACGAUUCAUUACUACUCUAUUGAACUUGAUGACUCUAUUCAUCGGUCUAGCUACCACCGCGUAUAGCUCCGGAAUCACGCGUAUGUGCGCUGAGUUUGGAGUGCCCAAUAUCAUGGGACAGCUUGGUCUUUUCACCUUCAACAUUGCCUGUGCUAUCACACCCAUGAUACUAGCUCCUCUAUGCGAGUUGGCAGGGCGUAAGGCAGUGUAUGCAGGAGCAUUCCUGUGCUUCUCGCUCUUGUUCAUUGGUCUUGCGCUCGCAAAAGAUAUUGGCACAAUCAUCGGACUUCGGCUUCUACUUGGAUUGUUUGGUUGCGUUGGCACCAUUCUGGUCGGAGGUACUUUCGACGACAUGUAUGAGCCUCAUAAACGUGGACGACCCAUGGCCAUGUUCAGCUUCAUCGCUAUCUUUGGCACCGUCGCCGCACCCAUCUACGCGGGCUUCAUUGACCAAAGCCUGGGCUGGCGAUGGAUCGAAGGUAUCCAAGGACUCGCCAACGUGCCCCUCCUCAUUGCCGUCUUCAUCUUCUUCCCCGAAACCCGUGGAGGUGCUAAGCUUCACAAGCGCGCAAAAGAACUUCGCAAAGCCACUGGCGACGAGCGCUACGUUGCAGAAGAUGAUAUCUACACACCAGACAUCAAGUCCAUGUUGAAAGCCUCAUCCGUGAAAGCCAUCCGCAUGCUCGUCACCGAACCUGUUGUCUUCGCCUUCGGUCUCUGGAUCGCUUUCUGCUGGGCCGUAGUGUUCCUUUUCCUCUCGGUAAUCCCCAUCACUUUCACCGAGAAACGUGGUUGGAGUGAAGGCGUCAGCGGCCUGCCCUACAUCUCCCUUGCCGUCGGAACUUUCCUGGGCUGGGCAGCUCACCAUUUCCAAAUGCGUAAAUAUGACCGCCUACGCGCCGAUCCCAGCACCAACGUCGUACCUGAGCAUCGUCUCUAUGGCGCAAUGUGCGGCGCUGUCUUCCUACCCAUCGGUCUGUUCAUUUAUUCGUUUACACAAUACGGAUACCUUUCCUGGGUUGGACCUGUCAUUGGUCUUGCGCCCAUUGCGUUCGGAAUUUUCUUUGUCUUCGAGAGCACCUAUUCGUAUACUGCCGACUGCUAUGGCACAAACUCUUCGAGUGCAAUCGCUGGACAAGGGUUCAUGCGUAACACUCUAGGAGCCGUCACCCCUCUUUUUGCGAACGCUUUCUUCCAUAACGUUGGAAGUCAGUAUGCGGGACUCAUCUUGGCUUGUUUCGGAGCGGUGUUGAGUACGAUUCCGUUUGUUAUGUUCAAGUACGGACAUGUGCUUAGGGCGAGAAGUAAGUUGGCAAAGGAGUAUUAG